AUGGGUUCCCAAGCGUCCAAGGGAGGGGUAGCUGUGGAGGCGAAUGCUGCCGAUACCGCUACGGUGAAAACUAACGGACAGGUAUGUCACUCUCUCUCAUCCCUGGACCACACGACACACCCUUUACCCCAACUAACUAAAAGUAGCUUAGAAAGGAUGUUCUGUUUUUAUUAUUAAGUUGCAAUUAAUUUGAAGCUGAGGUUUGUGUGUUUAGAUUUUUUUGGGGGGGGAUAAAUGUGCAUCUUUGCUUCAGUCAGAGUGGUAAGUGCAUAGUUGGUUGGCUAAGCUAACAUGGUCUCCAGUGAUGGAUAGCUACGGACACUUGAUUCAGACGCGGGAGGAUCAAAUCCGAACGGGUUUGCUGCUAAUGCCACGAUCUGCUGUUUGACUUUUUUUUUUUUUUGGGGGGGGGGGGGGGGGGGGUGAAAUAAAAAAAACGAGUUAGUUAGCUAUUCAGGUUUUGGACCGAGAACAUGGACCACAGGUAGCUAGCUAAUCGAGGUUCUAGCUAGCCGGACUAAUUAGCUCGUAUACAGUUCCAUAUCAAAUGCCAUGAGGGGGGUUUGGAAAGGCAACCUACCCCUCAUGCAUAAAAUAUGAGAGCCAAUUGGUGAAUUACGGAUUGAAAAGGAGGGUUUUAACAGUGGAUGUCAUUUUAAUUUAUGCAGCCCCCUCGGAACCGGCGAGUCUAGACAUGUCUCGAUCAGUGACUGUAAACGUUAUUUUAUAGAUAAACAUACACAAUCGACAUAAAAUCACAUUUUCACCUCGCAAAAUUACUAUACAAUCAGUAUUGUGUCAAUUAAUAUAUAUAUAUUUUUUUUCAUCGAUUGGUUCAAGUCUUUGUUGAAAGAGAUGCCCCCGUCUGUGUGGUGUCUAGCGGGAGAGCGAUGGACCACAUGCUCGGUCUGCGUGUCGCUGUCGCCGCCUGUCGUUUUCUGGUGGUACUACAAGGCGUCGCCUUUUGAGCAACACUGUGGUUUAUUGAUGAGCACGACGUUUUGAUGAAACAUCGUUAUGUAUCUAAAUGUUAUGAUGGUUGUUUUUGUUACAUUGUAAAGUUCUCAUGUAAAUUAUAUUUUCUUUAUUGAUUGAAUUGUAUUUUUUAGAACCAUAUAUCUAAUUUGGUUCCUUCAUCUUUCACUCCUCUAGGAGAACGGCCAUGUCAAGUCCAAUGGUGACGCCACAGACACGGCCACUCCCAACGGUUCUGCGGACGCCAAGGAGCCUGAAGCGGGUGCUGGAGGGGACGCCAUCGAGCCAGCACCCGCCGCUGAUGGGGAGGCCGCCAAACCAGAAGGUGAGACCGCCGCCAAGGAUAUCUCCAAGAAGAAGAAGAAGUUCUUCCUGAAGAAAUCUUUCAACUUCAUGGGCCUGAAACUGAAGAAGACCAAGAAGGAGGAGGUGAAGGAGGAGGCGGCCGCUCCCGCUGAGGAGAAACCCGCGGAGAACGGAGCCGCUGUGGCCACGGAGGAGAAGAAAGAAGGGGAGGUGAAGGAGGAGGUCGUGGCGGCUGCUGCAGCCCCUAAGGCCGAGGAGGUGCAGGCUAAAGCAGAGGAGGCGCCUAAGGAGGAGGUGAAGGAGGCGGCUGCUCCUGCCCCAGAGCCCACCAAACCAACAGAGGAAACCAGCUCGACCCCUGCGGCAGUAGCCCCCUCCCAACAGAAAGCAGAGUGAUUGUAUCUUUACCCACAACAAAGGACUGUGUGAACUGUUUUUCAAGAGAGAGAGAGAGAGAAAAUAGUUAUAAAUAUAUAUAUUUCUAUAUAUAUGUGUAUAUGUAUACAUAUGUAUGGCUAUAUGUAUAUGUAAAUAUAUACACAUUUAUGUGAGAGACUCCAUUGUGUCACUUUAGUCAUGGUAACAAGAUGACAGACUAGAAUCACUAUUUCACAUCCCUGGUUACGGCGAGACAUCUGAACCCGGUAGUAUUAUUUGCUGGUUGCUAUGGGACAAUGGGAUUUAUUGGACGACAGAGUGGAAGACACAGUUAUGGAUGGGAGUCGAGUUGACGCGUCUUUUCCCAAAACACCCAACUCAAAAAGAUGCAUCAACGCGUAAGAACGAACUAGACAGGACAGAACACCAACCAACCACCACAUGAAAUGACUAUUAAUUUUUUUUUUAAACAAGAAGAAAUCAGAAUUUGAAAAUAAGAGACUUGCCAACUUUCUUAAUUCCUAUAUUUUAACCCAGAUUUGAAUUAUUUUGUGGUGUACACUAGAGAACCAUUUUAAAGAUUCAGAGAAACUGUGUUUUGUUUGUUUUUAAAGAAGAAAAAUAAGAAGCAAUUUUAGAUUUGUAUCUUGGCUAUAGAAAAAAAAAAAAAACUAUUGAGUUUAACUAUGUUCACUGUUGCAAUUUUAAAACGAAGCAGAGUUGUUGUUCUGUCUGUGGUGUGUAAGCCUGAAUCUGCUUUAUGGUCUCUGUAAAUACAUUGGACUGAUACUGUUCUUUUUAUUUUGCUAAUGUUGACAGAUGUUAUGGUUUUAUUGUAAAGUUGAUAAUGGUAAAUAAAUGUUGGUUACCAAUACCUG